AUGGCCGUAGAUAACAACUUUGCAGCUGUUUUCAGUAAAAUUACUUUGGCUAGCGAGUUGAAUGAUUUUUUAGCUCUUAUUAUGAUUGGCGAAGGUAUACUAGUUGUGCUAAUUGCAUUACUAGGUUGUAUCGGAUUACUAUGGUGCAAUCGCCGUUUACUCCACAUAUAUGCCACUGUUGCUACUAUUUUGAUGAUUCUUCAACUUAUUGGUUUUGGAAUUGCUUUCAGUUAUAAAAAUAGAUUCGAAAUCAUGUAUGAUGAUCCUUUGUUAGAAAUUUUUAUGAAUGCCUUUGUUCACAAUAAUACUAAAGCACAAGAAGCUUUUCAUAAAUUUGAAGAUUCAGUAAACUGUUGUGGUAUCAAUGGAAAGAAUGAUUAUGAAACAUAUGGUAUAACGCCACCUCCUUCAUGUUUCAAAAUUACAAAUACAAAGGGCUGUGUUAAAGCCAUUAAUGACAUAUUCGAGCAGAGCCUUCUAAUUAUUGGAAGUAGUUUAGGUGGUGUUUUAGUUCUCGAAGUGCUAUGUUUAAUUUUUACACUGAUAUUGGCAAAAAAACUCGUACAUGCCAAAGAAAAGACUUAUUCAUCAAAUCCUGGUGAAGUAAUUCUCGGUCUUGUACCAAGUCGACGUGCUAACUACCGAAAUUUUCAAUAA